CUAUUUUUCACCUCUCCCGCCUUCACAAAUGUAAAUGAAUCGGCUCAUACUACACCUUUACCACUCCUCUCCCCAAACCAACUCGAUUCCAUCUCCUCCUCUUCGAUCCAAGCUUCUUUCCCUCUGCGAAUCCGGCGAUCUCUUCACAGCCAUCCGCUUCCUCAACUCCGUAGAUCUAUGGCUUCUCCCUUCUAAGCCCAUCAUCUUCGCAUCGCUCCUCCAAGCUUCCACUCGCUCCUUCUCCUUCCCCUUCGGCCUUCAAAUCCAUUCACACAUCCUCAAAUCCGGCCUAGACGCCGACCGCUUCGUAGGAAACUCCCUCCUCUCCUUCUAUUUCAAGCUUUGCCCCAACAUCUCCGACACCCGCAAGGUGUUCGAUCUUCUGCCUGUUAAAGAUGUCAUCUCUUGGACCUCCAUGGUCUCCGGUUAUGUUCGCGCCGGGCUGCCCGUUGAGUCUCUUAAGCUCUUUAUCUCCAUGUCAGAUUUCGGGGUGGAGCCGAAUGCAUUCACCCUGUCUUCGGUGGUGAAGGCGAGCACCGAAAUGGAGAACCUAGGGUUAGGACAAUGCUUCCACGGGUUGGUAACGGUUCGUGGAUUUAGUUCAAACGGAGUUAUCUCGAGUGCUCUGGUAGAUCUGUAUGGAAGAAAUUCUAGAAUCGAAGACGCGCGUCAACUGUUCGCUGAAAUGCAUGCGCCGGAUGCCAUCUGCUGGACCUCGAUGAUUUCAGCAUUCACCCAAAAUGAUAUAUUUGAGGAAGCUCUCGUUUUCUUCCGCUGCAUGUUGCAGCGAAUUAUUGGGUUAGUUCCAGAUGAGUUCUUGCUUGGGACUAUUUUGUGUGCUUUGGGUAAUUUGGCUCGAUCAAGGCUAGGAAAGGAAGCUCAUGCGAAGGUGAUAACCAGCGGGCUAAGCGGAAGAGUUGUCGUUGAGAGCAGCAUCGUCGACAUGUAUGCAAAAUGCGGCCUUUUGGAUGAUUCUCGUCAGGUUUUUGAUCGGUUGGAAAACAAGAAUGCUGUAUCUUGGUGUGCCUUGCUCGGAGGUUACUGUCAAAAUGGCGAAUUUCAGACUGUGCUCGUUCUUUUCCAGGAGAUGGAUGAAGACGACAAUCAAUAUAGCUUCAGUACUGUUCUCAGGGCUUGUGCCGGUUUAGCAGCAGUGAUGCAAGGAAAGGAACUCCACUGUCGCUUUAUCCGUAUCAGAGGUGGGCGAAAUGUGGUCAUCGAGUCGGCGCUCGUUGAUCUUUACGCAAAAUGCGGUCUUGUAGGCUACGCGCAUCGAGUAUUCUCGAAUGCUACAGUAAAGAACUUGAUCACGUGGAACGCAAUGAUCUGUGGUUUCGCCCAAAAUGGUCAAGCUGAGAAAGCUAUUGAGUUGUUCGGUGAUAUGAUUGAGGGGGGAACGAGGCCAGAUUAUGUGACAUUUGUAGCGGUGCUCUUUGCUUGCAGCCACACAGGAAUGGUUGAAGAAGGGAAGAAGCAUUUUAAAUCAAUGAACGAGGAAUAUGGAAUUAGAGCUGGAAUUGAGCACUAUAAUUGUAUGGUUGAUCUCCUUAGUAGAGCUGGAAUGCUUGAAGAAGCUGAAACAUUGGUAUUGGAUUCAGCUUAUAGAGAUGACUCUUCACUCUGGGCCUCUCUUCUCGGUGCCUGCGCCACCCAUCGGAGCCCGGCAGUGGCAGAAAGAGUAGCGAAGAAGAUGAUUGAGCUGGAACCAGGAUAUCACCUGAGCUAUGUUCUUCUCACGAAUGUUUAUAAGACUGUUGGACGAUGGAAUGAUGCUUUGGAGAUUAGAAAGUUGAUGAGAAAGAGGGGAGUGAGGAAGGAGGCUGGGAGGAGUUGGAUUGGGGCUCAGAAUAGUAAGCUAGAGAACCAGAUUUCUGGUAAUAUUCUCCAUGGUUGGAGUGUGCAGUUUGAAGAAUUUGGUGCAGGAGUGGAAAAUGAUUCUUGUCUUCAAUGUUUCCAAGGAGUUUAGGAGCUAUUGGUUUAAAUACACACUAAAGUAGAAGCAAAAGUAGGGAAAACCUUUCAAGAGGAAAUGUUGGCUCUAAAGUUUUCUCGUUUCUUCCCCGACAACCAAGUUACUUGCGGUCC